CCUCCUACUUUUUGUUGGGACCUGGGAGAGAAAAUUAUCCAGCAGAGGUAACGAAGUUGGGAAAAGAAAGAAAGAGAAACAAGUUACACACCAUGGAAAUGUACUAGGUUGCUUUUUGGUCGUCUAAAAUGCAAGCGGACGUGCUUUCACCGUGAAUUCAUACGAGGAGGUUUUUGUGUGGUAGUGUGACCCUCCCUCUCCCCCAUCAUCAUGCUGAGUUUCCUGCGCAGGACGCUGGGGCGACGCUCCAUCCGGAAACAUGCAGAGAAAAGUCGGUUACGGGAAGCCCAGCGUGCCGUAACGCACAUCCCUGCUGCUGGGGACGCAAAGUCUGUCAUCACCUGCCGUGUGUCCUUACUGGACGGGACGGACGUCAGCGUGGACCUGCCGAAAAAAGCCAAAGGUGAGGAGCUGUUUGACCAGAUCAUGUACCAUCUGGACAUCGUAGAGAAAGACUAUUUCGGGCUGCGCUUCAUGGACUCUGCACAAGUGGCGCACUGGCUUGACAUUACAAAGAGUAUCAAAAAGCAAGUGAAAAUUGGACCACCAUACUGCCUUCACCUGAGAGUUAAGUUUUACUCCUCAGAACCCAACAACCUGCACGAGGAGCUCACCAGAUACCUUUUUGUGUUGCAGUUAAAGCAAGAUAUCCUCAGUGGCAAGCUAGAAUGUCCGUUUGACACAGCGGUGGAGUUGGCUUCCUUCUCGUUACAGGCUGAACUUGGCGAUUGUGACCCAUUAGAACAUAAUCUGGACCUGGUGUCAGAAUUUCGCUUCAUCCCCAACCAGACGGAGGACGUGGAGCUAGCAAUAUACAACGGAUGGAAGGAUUGCAGAGGUCAGAUGCCGGCCCAAGCUGAAAUUAACUACCUGAAUAAAGCCAAGUGGCUGGAAAUGUAUGGGGUGGACAUGCAUAUGGUCAAGGCUAGAGAUGGUAACGAGUACAGUCUGGGUUUGACACCCACUGGAGUUCUGGUGUUUGAAGGAGAAACAAAGAUCGGGCUCUUCUUCUGGCCCAAGAUCACCUGUCUGGAUUUCAAGAAGAGCAAACUGACUCUGGUGGUAGUGGAGGAUGAUGACCAGACAAACGAUCCUUCCCAGGGCAAAGAACAGGAGCACACCUUUGUCUUCAGGAUGGACCACCCUAAGGCCUGUAAGCACCUGUGGAAAUGUGCCGUGGAGCACCAUGCUUUCUUUAGGCUGAGAGGGCCGGUACAGAAGAACUCAGCCCAGUCCGGAUUCAUCCGCAUGGGGUCACGCUUCAGAUACAGUGGAAAGACGGAGUAUCAGACAACCAAGGGCAAUAAAGCGAGGCGGUCAGCAUCUUUCGAGAGAAGGCCCAGUCGACGUUACUCCAGAAGAACCAUGCAGAACAGAGGACCAUACCAUCCCCAAGAGAUUCUCACCUCUGGCAAUGGCUUCAGCUCCAGCAGAGUACACAAGGCUCCCAUUAGAGGUGCACGGUCAGCUGUGCCUGUGGUCAGCCCUGUAGCUGCUUCUGCCUGUGCACCCAUGGAAAUCGAGGCUCUACCCAGAAGUCCUGGAGGGGAAAAGCGGAGUUUGCCUAUUGCUGACCUGAUGGAGACGUGCAUUGAUGAUGUCCUCCGGGCUCCUGCCGUCCCCACGGUGACGGCUACAGACGAGGCCGGAUCAAGCGGCUCCUACGCCCCCCCCAGUGCCACCGGGGAGGAUCCUCUGGGUCUCGCUGGUGAGCGUACAGAAAAACCACAAAAAGCAGCAGCCCGUCUGAAGCAGCUAGAGUUGGAGACCAGUCCGCUUCUCACUACCCUGAAGAAUAACAUCAAUGUCAACAUGACCAUGAAUAACCAGGAGGAUGUGGUGAAGCUGACGGAGAAGUGUGCUCUGAACAGCACAGGCAGCAGUCCUGCCGUCACUCCUCUGUGUGUCCCGGAGGAACUGAAGAGUAACAUCCUGAAAGCACAGGCCGAGGCUGCUGCUCUCAAGGGAUCUUUGGAGGAACAUAUCGUCGUUGUUGGAGAUAAAAACUGUAACGUGCAGGAGGCCUCGCUCAGGUUGAAGGUGCGUACGGGACGGAUGGGCAGUAACUCGUCUCUGACUGUCGUCAGUCGCCCCGACAACCAGGACUCCUGGGACCUGCUCAAACCUGCCUCCUUGGGCUCAUCAGCCGGGGCCAGUGUGGAGAGGCUGGCUGAAGACGUAAGCCCCUCUGUCCCCAAGAUGCCCUCUGAGCCCGUCUGCGAAGCCACGGCACCAAAGGUUAAAGCAGACGAAGUUGACCUGCCAAGCUCCGCCCCUCUGUCUGACAACCUGAUCGAUUUCACCGAUCCAACCCCUGUGUUGCCUGCAGUGCCGCCGCCCAAACCUGUCAUCACUCCUCGCUGGAUCAUCCCUACCACUGCUCCUCCCGGCGUCUUUACUAACGGCCUGCUCGACCUUGACCCCCCUGCUAAGGUCAACCCUCCUCUCCCCCCAGAUGUGGGAGCAGCUUUCACCCCAGCCCUCCCCCCACGUAACAACGCCUCGGCCAGCACUAUGGGAAAGCCGCCAGCCUCGGAGGAUGGAGCCAAACUCAGAGGUCUCCUGACCACUGAGCUCUGAGGGGAAAAAACAGGAGCAGCCAUCGCAACGUUCACCCCCCCACCCCCCUAAGCUCCUCACCCAUCACACACACAAGCAAGCUGGAUCAGAUGUGCUGUGGGCUAAAAGGAGAGUGAAAACAGGGGGAGGCAAACCCUUCACGUAACACAGAAAAGAAAAGAGAUAUGACAGAUGUUCACAAUAACACGACACCAAGCCUAGUCAAGCGACAUGUAGCACCAGUAUUAACAUAUAGAGAACACUUGUGGUGUGAACUGUAUGCUGUCAGUGCUUAAGGUACAUACGGCUCAAAGGGUAAGUUGUUUUCCCUCCCCCCCCCCCCCCUUUUUGAGUCAUGCUGUUUAUUACUGGUGGAUCCCUGCUACUGUGAGAUCUUCUGAACACACAGCUUUAGAGCUGGAGAACACUGGAUGAAGGACUGACAUCUAUAACAAAGAAAGACUUUAAAUGUUGAUCCCAAGAGAUUUAAACGCGAGGACUCUUAACAAGAUGGAUAUGAUACUGUUCUGUCCUUGUAGCAAUUUGUUGUUUUUAAUCCCACUCAAUACUACACUUGCUCUGUUGGUAGCCACUGGAUGUACUGUAAGAACUUCACUGGAUUAUUUUUGCAACACUGGACCUUUUGAUGACACUAGAGGUGACCACUUUAAUUUUUCAACGGUUUUCAUUAUCCUGCUUUUUUUGUCUGUUUUUAUGUGUAUGCCCAUCACAGUGCUUCUCACAUAUUUCUGUAGCAGCAUGAGGACGUUUCGAACAUCACUAACAAAAUGUUUUUCUGUGUCACUUUCUGGACCUUAUCAGGACUUUGAGUGAAAGUUGGAGAUGAAAUAUGAUCUUAUACUUGGUGUCCUUGAAAGCACCGCCUCUACCCGUGACAGUUUUUCACUCAUGAUUAUUUCUAUGUUGGCAAUGUGAAAGCAGGAGUGGUUCGGUUGCUGUGGAAACCUUUGAAUCUACUGUGAUCCCAGCUGGAUUACCAAACUGGAAAUCUGAAUUAUUAUAACACUGGAUGUUAGAGCAGCGUAUUCUGGCCUUUUUUAGGAAAAGAAUGAUUACAAGCUGGGGGAGGAGGCGUGAUAUUCCAGGAUGUAUUAUCUGACAUUAAAAGGGUUAGUUUACGAGAAAAAAAACUCACUAAUAUAAGAAGAAAAAUGAAUAAUCUAUGAAAGUACAGUCAGAAAAGUGAAGGAAAACCUUUCAAAGUGACAUAAAACACAAUAUUUAGCGGUUCCUUUCACAUCAUUUCUUUACAUUUUGAGAUUUUCUGAGACAAAUGAAUUUACUCCAUAAUUUAUAAUCUCUGAGAUUUAAUCUUUUUUCUCCGAAUAUCGCCCCCUCCUUCUGCUCUGUAUUUUUGUUGAAGUUGGCCUUUCUCUACCCUGUUGUAACACAUCUCUCCCGGUAUUAACGUGCUGUAGUUAUGGCCCCACCUUAUGGAAAUGAAUGUAUUCAGAAAAUCUGGAAAAGACACAGUAUGAAAACGUGUUUAUCUAAAAAUGUGCUGACAGUUUAUACCCGACAGAAAACAUGUGAAAUAUCUUCAAAGCUGGUUUUAUAAAUGUGAAACUGAGGCCUAAUUCUACAUUUUCUGAGUUAUUAAUGAAGUAUAUCACAUUUACUUUUUUUUUUUUUUAUCUCAGUCCCCUUUACGUAUUAACCACCCAGUCGGGACCCUCAUUGAAAUGAUCUCUGAAAGGGAUGUCAUGAGUGUUUUUACAAUGUCUUCUUAGCAGUGACAGUUAUUUAUGCUACUCCUCAGUGUGAUUGUUCAAAUAUGACAUGUUGUCCAAAAGUGUUGUAGCGUACAGUGAUUAUGUAUUGUCAGUAUUAUGACAUCAGCUGGCUGUAGAUACGAAGUAGAUUUAUAUAUAUUUUUUGAAAAUGAUGUUGGCAGUAUACACACUGAGCAGAACUCUGCAUUGUUGUAUUUUCUAAUUGAAGUAGGGAACAUAUUACUGACUGGAAAACAAAUAGUGACGUCUCAAAUGCAAUUUUAUAUAAACUUUUAUUAUUUUUUUUCUGGAAUACCUGAUCAUAAUUCAGUAAAGCUUUGCUACAGUAGAAGUCAA